GGGCGCAGGAUGCGGGCGGCCAUUGCUGGGGCUCUGCUGCGGGGAGGAGGACGCUGAGGAGGCGCCGAGCCGCGCAGCGCUGCGGGGGAGUCGCCCGUGCAGACGCGGGGCCCAUGGCCAGGACCACCAGCCAGCUGUAUGACACCGUUCCUAUUCAGUCCAGCGUGGUAUUAUGUUCCUGCCCGUCCCCAUCAAUGGUGAGGACCCAGACUGAGUCCAGCACGGCCCCUGGCGUUCCCAGCUGUGGUAGCAGGCAGGGCCCCACCAUGGACAGCACCGCGGCCGAAUCCCGGCCAAGCGCCAACUCGCUGCAACACGCCACACAGCCACCACCACAGCCUCGGAAGAAACGGCCAGAAGACUUUAAAUUUGGGAAAAUUCUUGGUGAAGGCUCUUUUUCAACAGUUGUUCUGGCCCGAGAACUGGCAACCUCAAGGGAAUAUGCUAUUAAAAUUCUAGAGAAACGUCACAUUAUCAAAGAAAACAAAGUCCCGUAUGUAACCAGAGAGAGAGACGUGAUGUCGCGGCUGGAUCACCCCUUCUUUGUUAAACUUUACUUCACAUUUCAGGAUGAUGAAAAGCUCUAUUUUGGCCUUAGUUAUGCCAAAAAUGGAGAACUACUUAAAUACAUUCGGAAAAUUGGUUCGUUCGAUGAGACAUGCACCCGAUUUUACACAGCUGAGAUGGUGUCUGCCCUAGAGUACUUGCAUGGCAAGGGCAUCAUUCACAGGGACCUGAAACCAGAAAAUAUUUUGUUAAAUGAAGAUAUGCACAUCCAGAUCACAGAUUUUGGAACAGCAAAAGUAUUAUCCCCAGAGAGUAAACAAGCCAGGGCCAACUCGUUUGUAGGAACAGCCCAGUAUGUUUCUCCAGAGCUGCUCACAGAGAAAUCGGCCUGUAAAAGUUCAGACCUUUGGGCUCUUGGAUGCAUAAUAUACCAGCUUGUGGCAGGACUGCCACCGUUCCGAGCUGGAAAUGAAUAUCUUAUAUUUCAGAAGAUCAUUAAGUUGGAAUAUGACUUUCCUGAAAAAUUCUUUCCUAAGGCAAGAGAUCUUGUGGAAAAACUUCUGGUUUUAGAUGCCACAAAGCGAUUAGGCUGUGAAGAAAUGGAAGGGUACGGCCCUCUGAAAGCUCAUCCGUUCUUUGAGUCCAUUACGUGGGAGAACCUGCAUCACCAGACACCUCCGAAGCUCACAGCUUACUUACCGGCCAUGUCGGAAGAUGAUGAGGAUUGCUACGGCAAUUACGACAAUCUCCUGAGCCAGUUCGGCUGCAUGCAGGUGUCGUCGUCCUCCUCCUCCCACUCCUUGUCCGCCGCGGACGCGGGGCUGCCCCAGAGGGUGGGAAGCAACAUCGAGCAGUAUAUCCACGACCUGGACACUAAUUCUUUUGAACUGGACUUACAGUUUUCUGAAGAUGAGAAGAGGUUGUUAUUGGAGAAGCAGGCCAGUGGAAACCCUUGGCACCAGUUUGUAGAAAAUAAUUUAAUACUAAAAAUGGGUCCAGUAGACAAGCGCAAGGGUUUAUUUGCACGGCGACGACAGUUACUGCUCACAGAAGGGCCACACUUAUAUUAUGUAGAUCCUGUCAACAAAGUCUUGAAAGGUGAAAUUCCAUGGUCACAAGAACUCCGGCCAGAGGCCAAGAAUUUUAAAACCUUCUUUGUCCACACGCCGAAUAGGACGUAUUACCUGAUGGACCCGAGUGGGAAUGCUCACAAAUGGUGCAAAAAGAUCCAGGAGGUGUGGAGGCACAGAUACCAGAGCCACCCGGACGCUGCCGUGCAGUGACGCCUGCGGCCCUGCACCUGCUGCAGGACGUGUGCCCAGCACGGCUCACUGCCACCUGGACACUUCCAGACCACCUGCCAGCCAUCUCAAGGGGGACGCAGACAGCGGAACCUUGCAGCUUUUUUAUUUAAAAGAAAA